AUGGCGGCGGAACGGGAGUUGCUCACGGUGGCACUAGGGAAUUAUGCCUCGCUUGUGGCGGCGCAGUGGGCGAACGGCACCACGCAGUUCGACACCUCGCGGCGCACGCUGUACACCGAGCGGCGGGUGGAAACAGUGCGGGGUGGCGCAGCAACACAGCAGCGCACCGGGGCGCCAGUGCGAGUGCCACGCAUGAUUUUAUUGGACGCGCCGCAUGCGACGCAAAUUAAAUUUUUCCGCCGCAGCACCCGCAUGGACACGAGUGCGAAUGAGGAACACGAGGUGGGUCAUGAUGUCUCGUUUGGGGGAAUGAACCAUACAACGGAGGGGGACGCCUUCUCCUCUGCCUCAUCCGCUUCGCUUGAUGCGGAUGAUAACAACGUGGGCGAUGGUAAUAACAACAAUAGUGGGGGGGGACAGGAGAGGGGGUGGGUGGAGGAACUGCAAGCAUCUGACGAACACCACCACCAUCAUUGUUCUUCUUUUUCACAGGGUGCGGGUGCUGCUCAUGGCAUGUGUACCUCCAUCAAGUGCAUCAAGCGGGAGCUUUUUAACGAGCAUGACGAAGUCGUGCCUUGGUGGCAGUACAUUCGCAGUGGCGUGUGUGAGGACUGCGUGCAUGUCCUGCAUCCGCUGCACAGUUUGGGUGGGAACGCGGGCGAUGUCCCACUGCUGCAUAGUUUUGGUUUUGGAAUGUCACAGCUGCGUUCCUCACGUAGCCACGACAUUGCGGAAGUGAUGGGAAGUAUGUGGCAGCAACUGGAAGAGGCAGAUUCCUUGCAGGGCGUGCAGUGCUUCCUGGAUGGCGACUCCGCCUUUGGUGGAGCGGCGUGCAAUGUCAUGGAGGAGUUUUGGGAAGACGCAGGGAAAAAAAUUCCCGCUGUCUUUUUCACCUGUUUUCAGCCCCUGCCAGAGGAGGUAACGGCGUCGGAGAGCGAAGUGGGCUUUGCAGACAGGCGAAAGGAUGAAAUGUGCCUGAAUCGGCUUCUUGCCACCUCGCACCUGACACAGCAGGACUGUGCAGUGUACUUGCCGCUGGAGCUGGGCCAAUGGGAAAGCGCGUUUGCAGAACACACAGCAGCAGGUGUUAAUAAUAUACCUUCGUGGCUGCGGGACGACACUGCCACGGCUCAGUUGGUUGCAAUGGCCGCUGAUACCGCUCUCUACGGCGUUCGCGACGAUGGAAGCGUAAACGCGACAGCGGCGAGUGGGCCAGCGUUUUACCUGCAUGACUGGCAAGAGGCUGUGCGGCCUACGAGAACAAUGCGUGUGGCUGCCGCCCUUGCAGCAGUGCCGCUGCGCGUGUACGAUGCCAACUAUCCUCGAAACGAUCUUUGGGAUCUGCUGCAGCGUUAUCCGCUGCUAUCAACGUCUGAGGUCACCAACGGUGGAUUAUUUGCGCCGCUAACUCAUCCCAUAACUCUUGAUGCUCAAACCGACGCUGGACGUGUGUUGGGUCACGCCUUGACGUUGCGCGGGGCAGGCAAGCUGCAUGACCUGACAUAUCCACGGCAAGAGGCUUUGCUGCGCUACGCUAUGCCGCUGCGCACGGUAAAUUACCUUCCCCUUGUAACAGGGAACAGCUACCCCAUUUCGUCCACAUUCCCGCAGGAGUUUGUGCUUCCGCGCGACGUUUUGGCGUCUGGGGUGCUAGAUGGCAUCGAUGUUGGUUUCCAUGCUGUAUCAACCUUUGGAUCUGCGCCCAUGAUUCAGGAGAUUCUAACGGAGGCAGAAAAAGUGCUAUACCGCCGCCGACACCUUUACGAGGAGACGUACGACAUGGACAGUGAAGAGUGGAAAGAAGUCCUGGAGGACGUCCUGCAAAUCAGGGAUGACUACGAUCACCGGGGUAAUCACGAGGAGGAGGGGGAGGGGUAUCUUGAGUGA